CGGGUGUUCGCGGGAAAGAGAGUCCUUAAUGGCGGAUUCCUCUUACUGUAUAAAGGUGGUGUGUAGAGUGAGGCCACUCAAUGGGAAGGAGAAGGCAGCUGGUAAUUCAUUUGUGGUUGGUUUCCCAACAACUAACGUAGUCACAGUUGGAAAUAAGACGUUUCAGUAUGAUAGUGUUUUACGGCACGACUCAACUCAAGAACAAGUUUAUACAGCGACUGCCCAACCACUGGUGAAAGAUGUACUCUCAGGUUACAAUGCUACCAUAUUCGCUUACGGACAAACUUCAAGUGGAAAGACUCACACAAUGGAAGGUGAUCUUGAUGAUGUUAACAUGAGAGGGAUCAUUCCAAGAAUCAUUUAUGAUUUAUUUGAUCAGAUUUACGAGAUGGAUUCAAAUCUUGAGUUUCAUAUAAAGGUGUCUUACUUUGAGUUGUACAUGGAGAAGGUACGGGACCUUCUUGACAUAACUAAGGUCAAUCUACCAAUACACGAGAACAAGCAGAAGGUUCCCUAUGUCAAGGGUGUGACCGAGAGGUUUGUUACUGUACCCGAAGAAGUACUGGCUACAAUUGAGGAAGGAAAGUCCAACAGACAUGUAUCAGUAACUA